CUGCAAAAUUUCCCGCAAUUUUUGUUUAUCUUGCGUUCUGGAUUCGUUUUGGGAUGGGGGGAUUUGAUUUCACUGGUCAAAAUCUAAUCUUGGUCUCGAUUUGAUCUGCACGCGUUCUAAUUGAUCUGCUUCUUUGGAAAAGUUCGGUCUUUGAUGGAGUUAUUCAAAAAGGAUGUGCUGUGGGUUGUGGUUUCCUUGAUGUAUUACUGCAGUUGUGCUCUUUAGAUGGAAGAUCGUGACUUCCUUCUGCCAAUGGUUUUGAAGGGAUGAAGCAGAAUUGUUUUUUGUCAAUUUAUAUGAAAUGAACCAUCAAAUGACGAUCAACUUCCUUGGAUAAAUGGAUGUUUAAUGUGUAGUUUCGGUCAUAGGAUAAUUAGUUGUUGUUUAUAUUGAGUGUUGAGACUUCUUAAGAUUUGACUCAUUAUCCGUGAAUCUUAAGAAUUUGGUUGUUAAGGAGUAGCAGUUGCAAAUAUUGGAUUAAAACAGUUUAAAUAUAAAGGGGCUUUAGUUUGAUAGACUUCAGGUAGACUUGUACUUUCGGUGUCAUAUAGGCAAAAUAACAUUUAUGGAGGUUUUAAUAUCACCUUCAAGCUCUGGGAAGCCAGCCUCCUCUCGCAAAUCCUCGCCAAGCAGUUCCACAAAAGAUUUAUGGUUUGUUUCACGACAAGGUUCUAUCGCUGAUGUGGAGUCAGCUUUGGUAUUGCUAAAGAAGAAUGGUGGAAAUAUUGAUUCAAGGAAUGCGUUUGGUCUUACUCCUCUUCAUAUUGCAACAUGGAGGAAUCAUGUGCCUAUUGUGAAGAGGCUGCUGGCUGCUGGUGCUGAUCCUGAUGUUAGGGAUGGGGAGUCAGGAUGGAGCAGUUUGCACAGAGCUCUCCACUUUGGCCAUCUUGCUGUGGCUAGUGUACUUAUAGAAUCUGGUGCAUCCCUUAUACUAGAGGACUCUAAGUGCCGCACCCCUGUUGAUCUUUUAUCGGGGCCUGUAUCUCAGGUUGUAGGUCAUGAGCUUGAUUUAGUUGCGACAGAGGUAUUCAGUUGGGGGAGUGGCACAAACUAUCAACUGGGAACGGGCAACGCCCACAUACAAAAAUUGCCAUGUAAACUUGAUUCACUUCAGGAUUCUUAUAUUAAGAUAAUUGCUGCUUCAAAAUUUCAUAGUGCAGCAGUUAGUUCCAGAGGAGAACUUUAUACCUGGGGGUUUGGAAGGGGAGGUCGUCUUGGACACCCUGAUUUUGACAUCCACAGCGGCCAAGCUGCUGUCAUUACUCCUCGCGAGGUGACAGUGGGAUUAGGUUCCCGGCGAGUUAAGGCUAUUGCAGCAGCAAAACAUCACACUGUCAUUGCAACAGAGAGUGGGGAAGUUUUCACUUGGGGAUCAAAUAGAGAAGGACAGCUAGGUUAUACUUCUGUCGACUCACAAGCUACACCAAGACGUGUUAGUUCACUCCGGUCAAGAGUAAUUGCAAUUUCUGCUGCAAAUAAGCACACUGCUGCAGUCACUGAAUCUGGUGAAGUUUUCACUUGGGGCUGCAACAAAGAAGGUCAGCUUGGUUACGGUACCUCCAACUCUGCCUCAAAUUACACCCCACGUAUGGUUGAAUACUUGAAAGGAAAAGUCUUUAGAGGAGUUUCUGCAGCAAAGUAUCACACAGUAGUUUUAGGAGCCGACAGCGAGAUAUACACCUGGGGUCACAGACUUGUUACCCCAAGACGUGUGGUUAUUGCUAGGAGUCUAAAGAAAAGUGGCAAUGCACCGUUAAAAUUCCAUCGCAUGGAAAGGCUUCGUGUCGUCUCAGUUGCUGCUGGGAUGACUCAUAGCACAGCUCUCACUGACGACGGUGCACUAUUUUAUUGGGUUUCAGCGGAUCCUGAUUUAAGAUGUCAGCAGGUGCACUCCAUGUGCGGGAGAAAUAUUGUGAGCAUUUCUGCAGGCAAAUACUGGACAGCUGCCGUUACAACAACCGGUGAUGUUUAUAUGUGGGACGGCAAGAAAAAUAAGGAUGAGGCUCCUGUUGCCACGAGGUUACACGGUGUUAAGCGAGCUACUUCAGUAUGUGUUGGUGAAACUCAUAUGCUAGUCGUCUCUGCUCUUUAUCACCCUACAUAUCUUCCAAGAUUGUCUAUGAGCAAGAGGAAACCAAUUGCAGAAGACAAUAGGGAAUCAGAACAAUUGGAUGAAGAGCUUCCAUUCAAUGAUGUAGAAGAAGAUAGAAGUUCAAUGAUCAGACAAAAUGAUUUGACUCGUCAGUCUGCGCCAAGUUUGAAAAGUCUGUGUGAAAAGGUUGCUGCAGAAUUUCUUGUAGAGCCAAGGAAUGUCAUUCAACUUCUUGAAAUUGCUGAUUCUCUUGGAGCUGAUGAACUUAGAAAACACUGUGAGGAUAUUGUUUUACGCAACCUGGAUUUUAUUUUCACGGUCUCAGCACCUGCUAUCAUGAGUGCUUCCCAAGAAAUUCUAGCAAGCCUUGAAAAACUAUUGGAUGCAAGGUCAUCUGAGCCUUGGAGUUACCGGCGUCUCCCUACAUCAACAGCUACUUUUCCUGCUGUUAUUUACAGUGAAGAAGAGGGAGAAGACGAAACUGGGGGUCUCAUUCCUCGUGAUAAUAAUAAACCUGCGUCAAAAAACUUUGGAGAUCCAAGAGCAGACUUAUUUCUGCAAGGAGAGAAUGGUGCUGACCAAGCCGUCUCCAAACAAGUCAGAGCUCUUAGGAAGAAGUUACAGCAAAUAGAGAUGCUUGAAACUAAGCAGCUUAAUGGUCAUGCUCUCGAUGACCAACAAAUUGCUAAACUUCAAACCAGAUUCUCUAUUGAGACUGCACUUGCAGAGCUUGGUUUUCCCCUUGAGGGGCAUACUAAGCUGGCCUCGCUUGCAUUGCCUGAUUCAAAGGGGAAUAAGAAAGUCGAGGUUUCUAAAAAACUGAGGAGGAGCAAACAAAAGGACUCCGCACAAGCUGAAACUCUUUCCAAAAACAAUGAUCUAUUUGUCAAGGUGGACACAUUGAAGGGAUUCCCAGAUGAUAAAAAUCUUCAAAUUUCUGAAGUAAAGAAAGAUGUCGAUACCAAGCUAAGCAUUGCAAGCAAAAUCAUCGAUGACUGUUCUCCCUGUUCUCAUAGUCCAAGGGGCGAUUCUAACUCUAAAAAAAAUAAGGCCUCCCAUUUGUUUCCAACUAAGAAAAAGAAUAAUAAGAAAGGUGGGUUAUCAUUAUUUCUGAGUGGUGCUCUUGAUGACACCCCCACCCCUAAACCAGCUCCACCGCCGACACCCAAAAAUGAGGGACCCGCAUGGCACGGGGCAAAAAUAACAAAAGGGCCUGUGUCUCUUCGAGAAAUUCAGAAUGAGCAGAGCAAAAUAAAUGACAUGAGUGGUAGUAGGACAAAGGAAAGGCUAGAAGAUCAAGUAGAGCUUGUUGGUGCUGGACAUGUUAAGUUGAGUUCAUUUAUGCCUGGACCACCUUCGAGCCCUAUUGCUGUAGUUCCUCCUAGAGCUAUGCCUUCAUCUGAAGGAGAGAAGAGCACACCUCCGUGGUCUUCAGCUGGUUCUUCUCCUGUUCAGCAUCGGCCAUCGUUAAGGGACAUUCAGAUCCAGCAGGGAAAGAAACAGCUUAACAUCUCUCACAGUCCAAAAGUUAGGACCUCAGGCUUCUCCAUUGCAUCAUCUCACAGCUCGCCUUCAGAAUCUAGUAGUACACCCCCUAGCCGCUGGUUCAAGCCUGAGAUAGAUGCACCAUCCUCCAUCCGAUCAAUUCAGAUCGAAGAAGCAGCGAUGAAAGACCUCAAACGGUUCUAUACCAACGUAAAGCUGGUGAAAGCCAAGCCUUAGAAGUUUACAGGAAAAUCAUUUGAGGACUUUCUUCGCCCUCUUUGUAGUGAGACUAGACUUGUAAAGUGUACAUUUCAUUGUACAGAUCUGACUGUAGUUUUAGUUUUUGCUUCAUAUUUCAUCUGAAGCUUCUGUUGUUUAUUUAGGAUAAAAUAAUGGGGGGAAGGCUUGUUACCUUUUUCUAUUUCAAUACCAGUUUGUAACUUGUUUGCAGCCAAGUAUAGUUCAUUCCUUAACUUCAUAA